GUUCAACCGCCCCACUUACCUCGGCUCUGGGAAGACUUGGCUUGUCUGUGCCUAGGUUCGACGUGGUUAGGCGUUGUCAGAUGUAGGUAGUGACGUGUGGUUAGGUAGGAAUGGCUAGCCCCCGUCGCGUCUCGGAUGCGACCCCUAUUAGCUUCGUUGAUAAAUAUGGGAGUCGCCUCGGCUCUCAGGCACCGUCAGCUUAACGCGCCGUAUCCAACGGAGGCCGCAGUAGAAUAACCCCGAACCAGCGCCAUCCGUCCAACCAUCCCGCCCGUCUGACUCUCUCAGUACCAGCGCUACUACCACCUGACCCAGGCGUUACUGCGGGGGACGAUGUCGGCAUUACCGGGGUUCACACCCAUCUCAGACCGGAUCUUCUUACGUGAUGGAGCGCCCGGACCUGUUGCCGAGCCUCCCAGCGACUCGGCGGCCGACCACCCGACGACCAUCAUCAUAUUCGGCUGGGGCGACGGCCUCCCGAAGCACGUCUCCAAGUAUGCCGACGGGUACCACAAGCUGUACCCGAAGGCGCGGGUCCUGAUGGUGAUCUCGUCGAUCUUCGCCGCCAUCUACGACUCCCUCGAGCAGCGGACGAAGUCGAUGAUCCCCAUCAUCGACACCGUCUUCCCCGUGGCUGCGGACGACGCCCGGGAGCGCGUCCUCCUCCACACCAUGUCCAACACGGGCGGCAUCUACGCCGCGGCGGCGCUCAACGCGUUCAAGCAGCGCCACGGCGAGGACAAGGCGCUGCCGCACUUCCUCAGCGUCAGCGACUCGACGCCGGGCGGGCUCGAGUUCUCGACCGAAGUGGGGCGGUGGUCGCGCGCGAUGGCACUCGGCACCGCCAAGUGGUUCCCCUGGCCGUUCGCGGUGACGCAGGGCCUCUGGUGGGCGUUCCUGCACACGGUCAACCUGAUCGAGACGGCGGUGGGCCGCGAGCCCUCGGGCAAGUACAGUUGCCGCGUCUUCCUCGAGAACUCGAUGGCGACACCCCGCGCUCCGCGCCUGUACAUGUACUCCAAAGCCGACGAUCUCAUCGGGUGGGAGGAUGUCGAAGCGCACGCUGCCGUGGCCCAGAGCAGGGGAUACACGACCGUCCUGGAGAGGUUCGACAACUCCCCGCACGUCGGCCACAUGCGCAUGCACCCGGAGCGGUACUGGAACGCGAUUGAGAGGUGUUGGAAGGCCUCCAUGGCCCUGGAGGCGAAGUCGUGACGGCCAGCAUUCCCCCGGCCCUUGACCGCGCGGGGGGGGGGGGGGGUAUUAUGAUCUGACGAUAUUGCUAAUACGAAUGAGCUUGGGUAUUCUAAUAUUAGACUGGGAUACGUGUAGAUAGAAUUGUGACUUCGACUAAGGGCACUUUGGGGGGGAAUAUGGUCUCCUCUAGUAAUAUAUCUUAGAGAAAAUAAUAUUGAAACUAUAAUAGAUUAAUAAA